CAAAUGACCUGUCGCAGAAGCACGCGCUACGCUAGCAAGGAAAACAUACCAGCAGCAGGUAAAACAAACCACCAUGGACGAACCGGGACCGGGACUGAAUUUUCACGAGUUUGAGCUAGACGAUCGUCUACUGCGGGAUAUAGCCCGGCUAGGAUGGAUCUCGCCGACGCUGGUGCAGGAGAAAGCCAUCCCGUUCCUGCUCGAAGGCAAAGAUGUGCUCAUCCGCGCCCGCACCGGUUCGGGCAAGACGGCCGCCUUCGCCAUCCCAAUUAUCCAGAACGUGCUUCGGUACAAAACCGAAACGGCGGUUCGUGAAACGUCCGUGCUGGUGAUGGCCCCCAGCCAGGACCUGUGCCACCAGAUCGCCAAAGUGUUCGCCAGCCUGACGUACUCGUGCGGUCCGCUCAUCCGGGUGGCGGAUCUGUCCUCGAAGGAGGAGAAAGCCACCCACCGGCAUCUGCUGGCCGAGCGGCCGGAUAUCGUCGUGUCGACGCCGGGCCGGCUGCGCACCGUGCUGGCCGACGGGACGCUGAACGUGCGAGAAAGUCUGCGCUGCGUGACGAUCGACGAGGCCGAUCUGAUGUUUACGUUCGGGUUUGAGAAGGAUUUGAAGGAGGUGCUGAAACACUUUCCACCGGUGCAUCAGUCGGUGCUGUGCUCUGCCACGCUGGAGGAAGAUGUGACACAGAUGAAGAAGAUGGUGCUUCGCAAUCCGGUAAUAUUGAAGCUGGAGGAGCCUCAGCUGGCGGUCGGUACGCAGCUGACGCACUAUCAGAUUGAGGCCGAAGAGGUGGACAAGGCGGCGAUACUGUACACCGUGCUGAAGCUGAAGCUGAUCCAGGGCAAGUGCAUCAUCUUCGUCAAGUCGGUGGACCGGUGCUACAGAUUGAAAUUGUUCUUGGAACAGUUCGGCAUACGGUCGUGCAUUCUAAACUCCGAGCUGCCUAUCAAAAUUCGCUGUCACACGGUCCACCAGUUCAAUCAGGGUAGCUACGAUAUAAUCAUCGCUUCGGAUGAACUAAUGGCAGAAAAUCCAGCACUGGUGAAGAAGAAGAGCGACAAGAAGCCCUCCACCAAGCAGCUGCUGCAGCAAACCGAGGCCGAAUCGAGCGUCUCCCGCGGCAUAGACUUCCAGUGCGUUUCGUGCGUGGUGAACUUCGAUUUCCCCUCCGACCUCAACUCGUACAUCCAUCGGGCAGGGCGAACGGCACGUGGACAGAACAAUGGCAGCGUGCUGUCGUUCGUUGGCAUCGAGGAGCUGGAACUGAAACGGAAUGUCGAAGAGUUUCUGCAAACACUGUCGAAUGAUGCGGAGUUUUCCAUGAAGGAUUUUAACUUCAACUUUGACGAGGUGGAAGCAUUCCGGUACCGAGCGAAGGAUGCAUGGCGAGCGAUCACAAAGAUUUCCAUCCGAGAGGCCCGCAUAAAGGAGCUGAAGAUGGAAAUAUUCAACUCGGAAAAGCUAAAGUCGUUCUUUGAGGAAAACCCACGCGAUCUGCAGACGCUUCGACACGACCGGCCCCUCCACACGGUGCACGUGCAGGAACAUUUGGGCGACGUGCCGGAAUACCUGGUGCCGGCCGCCCUGAAACCAAUGGUGGACAUUAUGAACGCGAAGCGAAAGAAGAAGAUGAGCGAAAAGUACGCCGCCGCCAAGAAGCGGGCCAAAUCCGACAAUCCACUCCUGGUGAACGGUAUAGAUUACAUGAAGAAAGGAUAGUAGAAUGUACACAAUAGCCCCGCACACGAACACAAAACACAUACAGAAAAUCCUGUAAAACCAACAAACUUUUUGAUUUAUUAAACAAAUCUACUAGCUAUA